CCACCGACCCUUAUUUACUCAAGUCAAAAUGGCUGCCCUUCGACUUUUCACACGCUCGAAACUUUCCACGAUUAUCCUCUCCUAUUCUAGUGAACUUUAUUCAUCAAACGGAGUUUCGCCAGUUAUUACUCAGAAAAGAUGGAGCUCUUAUAGUAGUUCACCCAAAUAUACAGACCCUUCCAACUAUACUGAUUAUGAAGUAUCAAAAGAUCCAAAAGAAUGGGAAUAUGUAGAACGUUUACUGAAACCAAAAGUCAUACCUACUCCUCACCUAGAAAAGAAGGAAUAUCCAUCUGGAUGGAAACCACCUGUUGCCAAACCACAUGAUUAUCCAUACUAUAUACAACGUACAAAAAAUUAUAUGCAACCUGUUUAUCUUGAAAUUAGUCAACGAGGAUUACGAAGAUUGACUCAUGUUCGUAAAAUUCAUGGAGAUAUUUGGGCAUUAGAAUCUGAAUUAAAGCAAUAUUUACAGGAAAAGGCAUGCAGGCCAAUUGGUAUUCGUACAAAUGAACUGUUGGGACAAAUUGUAUUCAGAGGAGAUUAUGUAGCUAUUGUUAAAAAAUGGAUGGAUGAAAAAGGGUUUUAAAUAUUAUAACUUGUUGUAAACAAGCGAUUUUUUGUAAAUAUAAUAUAAAGAACA